AUGGGUAAUGGCGUGUCCAGUGAGAUGGAAAUUUUUGCCGAGGGCGAACUUGAGGCGGAGCUCAAGCGUCUUGGCGGCACAGGCGAUGCAAGCGUCAAACAACUCUUGGGCAAGGGCUACCGUGACGUGGUGCAGUUGGUGAUCCGCCCGAAGCGCGCACUAUACGACAUUCACGAGCUCGGACUGGACCGCUUCCAGGUCGCCGAGCUCUCGGUGGACCCCACGCAGGGCGACGUGACGCAGACCCGACGCAGAGACUUUGACGUGCUCAACGAGCGCGGUUUGCGGGUCCGUUGCUCGCACUGGCAGCUCUUCGCACAAGGCAGCAACACCCCAGCUGCCACGCCCUGCCUUAUCUACCUGCAUUCCAACGUUGGCUCUCGCCUUGACGCUCUGCGUGUGCGUGAUGCAGCGCUGAAGCGCGGCUUCUCCGUGCUGGCCUUCGACUGCUGCGGCUCCGGGCUAUCGGACGGCAUCUAUGUGACCAUGGGCUGGAACGAAUCGCUGGACCUAUUUGCCGUGCUGCAGACUGUGGAGAAGGAUGCGUCCGUCUCGGAGAUUUGCCUGUAUGCGCACAGCAUGGGGGCGUUCCCUGCUCUGACUAACGUUGCCCUUCGAGCAGCUGGAGCGGCAGACAAGAAGAUGCAGUCCAAGUUGGAGACGCUGCCCUAUGCUUUGCGAACGGGACCAAAACUCUUCAAACCCAUCCGCGCUAUUGUGCUGGACAGCGGGUACGCCUCGAUGAAGGAGGUGAACGAGGGAAUUCUGCGUGAGAUGCAACAAGAAGGUUUUCCCGUGCCCAAGGCGGUGAUGAAAGUGGCUGUAGCUGCUAUCAACAAGAGCGUGAGGAAACGUACUGAAGUGGACAUGGAACUAUUGCGGCCUGUGGACUUUGUGGAGCUCUGCUAUGCCCCCGCGCUCUUCGUGGCGGCGGACAAUGACCGAUAUGUGUCCACGGAGCAGAGCAACGAACUUGCUAGCAAGUACGCAGGCCUGGCCAAGAUCCUGCGUGUGGAAGGAGAACACUACGACCCACGCGAGGCCUCUACAUACACAAAAGCCGUCGACUUUCUCUACGACGCACUGCAUCCCAAGUCAUAG